AUGCCUCCUCGCAACCAUGGAAAGAAGAGAGCUGCCGAGACCCCUCAGAAGACAUCUAAGAGGCAAAAGGUGGCCUCUAAGCAUGUUGAGUUUGACAAUGAAGCUGUUAUGACCCAGUUUAGGCUGUCUGGUGAAUUCUCAUCUGAGGAUGCUGUCCAAGGUUCCCCAGCAAAGAAGAGAGGUGGUAGGAAAGGUCCAGGAGUUCAGGAUGUUGCUGAAGGAGAGGUGCUCAUGGCAUUCGCUGUCGUAAAGAAAAGGUUAGGAUAA